UGUAAAUGUAAACUUCUACACAACAGACUUUGAUUAUACCAAAAUGGAACUACAAUUACCACAAUUUCGGUGGAUCAUUGUUUUAAUCAUAAUAUCUGUUAGUUUAUCUGAUUCGGAAAACAGUUCAAUUCAAUCGGAUUGGCCAGAAAUUGAUUGUAAAGAUCUUUUACUCGGACAAUACUUCUGUGAUGACCCAGUGAUAGAUUCAGAAACUCAACAGGCUAAAAACUGUAGUGAGCAGACUAGAACAGUUCAGGUUGCCUGUAGACCAGCUCCUAAAAUAUUCUGUAGUGGACAGCUUCACAAUGGUUCAACGGUUGGUUUUCAUAAAAAUAUAUCCUGUAAAUGGGUGAGUGGAACAUCAUUUGAAACAGCCUUGUUAUUGUCGGUGUUUCUGGGCAUGUUUGGUGUUGAUAGAUUCUACUUAGGUUAUCCUGCUAUAGGUUUAUUAAAGUUUGGUACUCUAGGUUUCAUGUUUCUUGGACAACUAGUUGAUAUAUUACUCAUAGCUACACAGACAUUAAAACCAGCCGAUGGAUCAGAAUAUAUUAUUGAUUAUUUCGGAGCAGCCAUUGCUAGAGUUGUCAUGGAUAAUACGACAUAUUUAAAACCUCAACAAUGAUUGGACGAACUGGAAUUUUGAACUGUAGAGCGACAUUCCAAUUAUGAAAGAGUUCAGUUUUGAUUGAUUGUUUGGAACUGGACAUAAAUGCUAGAGAAUUUUGAACUGUAGAAUAACAUUCCAAUUAUGAGUUGCCAAAAAAUUGAAUUGUGAUAGAGUGUGUGGAACAUAUUGUUCCAUUGGACAAGAACUCGUAGUUGCUGUAGCCACAAGCGAGCAGCUCCUGAUAACUCGAUAGCUGGUUUGAGGGACUGACAUUGAAGAAGUGUCUAGCUGUUGUGAUGGGACAAUAACCCAGUGUGAUAUAUGUGUGGUAUCGUGUGGUACAGGUUUUGUACGUUAAGGAAAACGCCACUGUUCUGACAAAAUUUCCCUUAGCUAACACUGCAUGGCAUUGCCAGUCUUCAUUAGUGGAAUCAGGUGCAGAAAUUUAAGACAUACAACAUCAUUUCAUUUUGGGUAUAGUAUGUAAUUGCAGUAUAUUAUUGAUAUGUUAUCAGGCUUAUAACAAACGAUAUUGACAUGAAAAUCAUAUGCUGAUAAACUUGGAUUGGUGAUUUGUGUCAGAACCUGUGUUACUGUUGGAGCAGUGCCUUCUUUCAUCUUUCCUUGAACAAUAAAGAUUUUAAUUCAUAUUCAUUCCAUAUUGUAAAUACAACUCAAUAUCUUCCUUCACUGUAACAUACUGUAUAAUUGUGAAUAGAGUGCGCACCCUUUCUAACAAAUUUGGAAAAAAUCUUUCACUGUAAAUAAUACGCAAAAAAUCUUUCUUUGUGUUCAUUUUGACUUCAUUUCUCAUCUGAUAUUCAUUUCAUUUGUUCAUGUAAACAUGCAAAAAAUAAAAGUGAAAUCCAUCUAU